GAGUGUAGAAAUCCUAAAUUGAAUAGAUCUGGUAUCACAAGCAGAGAUAAACUGCAGCUGCAGCUUCGCCUGAGGAACCCAGGGUCUGAACUUCUUGUUUGAGCCACAGAAGCUGGAACUUUUUCUGUGGACAAUAAGUCAGGAUGUCAGAUAUUUCUGUGAAUGACCACCUUGAGGGGAUAUUGUCUGAUUUUGAGGCCCUGAAGAGAUCCUUUGAUAUUGAUGAUGUCGAUGAGAUCCCGACGUUCUCGCCGACCUCCUCAGUCACAUCCCCCAUCAGCCCAAGCUCCAUUCUCAGCAAAGCCAAUGACGUGCGCAGUGGGGUCAACCACAUGUCCCCGACAUACCGCUCACGGAUAAGCCUGAGUUCCAGUCCUGCUCAAAGCCCUGCCAUGAAGAACAGGAUGGUUUCCAGUCUGUCCUUUAAUCGAGGGACCAUGGGAAAGCCUACUGUCAACUCUAACAUCGGGAUCAACCGUGCAGCCUCCUUCCAGAACAGAUUCAAUCCCAACGGCUUUAAUUCCUGUUCAGGGCCUGGCAGUGACAAUGACAGCCUUCAUAGUUCCUCCUCCAGUCUGGAAUACCAGGCAUCGUCCAAAUUGAGCUCCUACACCAGCCCACCACAAAGUCCAAUGGGGGUUGGUGACUACAAGGCCCAGCGUUUGGGAAGCCCUGCUUUGAAGAAGUUUUCCUCUCAUGGGAAUGUGUUCCACUCAGAGCUUGAGGGCCCACUAGUGAUCCCAACUGAGCCGUUGGGUAUUAGCCAUGGCUCCAUGCCCUCGCUGGACCUCCAGAUGGCUGAGAGUGGAGGAAUGAGGCAAGUCGUGUCUCCUGUGUCAUCAAGAUUCCCUAAUGCUCCUGUUACCUGGAACGCACAUCGUCUCCAGAACCACAGCACAAUUGGCAAGGAUCCCUCUUCCAUCAACCAUCAGCCUCCUAAAACCAAGGAGCCUGCUCGACUCAACAAGUUCCCACUUGAUCUUGACAACCUUGUGGUGAAACCCCAGUCUCCUGAUGUGUCUGUGGCACCAAAACCUCCGCCAAGGUUCCACCCUGUGUCUCCGAGCCCCACUGUGUCUGCCAGCCCUUCUGCUUCCGUCAGCAGCUUGGACAGCACUGAUCUUCCCCUGGUUCACAGCUACACUACAGAGAAACGUGAGCCUGUCACCCCUACAGGAGCAAUUCCAGUUCCCAACAUCAGUGAAUCUCCUGUCUUGCUCUCCCCCGCCCAGACACCGCUCUUCAAUCUGGUUUCUAAGCCUCAGGUUGUCCAGAUCGCUCCUGCUACAUCGCCACAACCCACACAAGUCAACAUUGUGAGCAGUACAUCACGUAGUGAGUCUCCGGCCAAGGACAGCGUGGGCUCCAUUCUCCAGAGGAUUGCCAGUUUCUCCAGAGUUGAAGCCAGAGUGCCAAUGCCAAGCCCAAGUCCUGUCACAUCUUUAAGCAAUGGAAUCAAGAGAGAGUCUCCAGCUGUACAACAUAAGGAGCUGAAGAGAUCAGAAGACACGGCACAGGAGCUGGACUCGGAGCUGGAGCCGGCCGUCCGGAUGGAGGAGGAGAGGGAGGUGGAGCUUCAGAUGGAGGAGGAAGAGGAGCAGCCGGAGGUGAUGAAGCAGCCGGAGCCUCCACUUCCCCCCCUCAGUGAGCCUAACACGCAGGGCAUCAUUAAAGGCAGCGACCUGUUCGGCUACGUGGGCAUCGAGGCCGUGCUGGACCAGAUGAGGCGCAAAACCAUGAAGGCCGGGUUCGAGUUCAACAUCAUGGUGGUCGGUCAGAGUGGUCUAGGCAAGUCUACGCUGGUCAACACGCUGUUCAAGUCCAAGGUCAGCCGCAAGUCCUGCACUCCCAACUACGAGGAGAACAUCUCCAAGACCGUCCACCUCCAAUCAGUCAGCCACAUAAUCGAGGAGAAGGGGGUAAAGAUGAGGCUGACUGUCAUCGACACGCCUGGGUUUGGAGACCAAAUCAACAACGAGAACUGCUGGGAGCCCAUCGUGAAGUACAUAAACGAGCAGUAUGAGAAAUACCUGAAGGAGGAGCUACAUGUCAACAGGAAGCGAAGAAUCCCCGACACUCGCGUCCACUGCUGCGUCUACUUCCUGCCGGCCACAGGACACUGGUUGCGCCCUAUCGAUGUGGAGUUCAUGAAGAGGCUGGGGAAGAUUGUAAGCAUUGUGCCGGUCAUUGCCAAAGCAGACACACUGACCAUGGAAGAGAGGCUAGAGUUCAAACAGAGGAUAAGGCAGGGCCUGCAGGCCAAUGGGAUCAGAGUGUAUCCGCAGAAGGAGUAUGAUGAGGACGCUGAGGAGAGGAUAGUAAACGACAGGAUCAGGGAAAACAUCCCCUUCGCUGUGGUGGGAACAGAUAAGGAGCACCAGGUGAACGGAAACAAAGUCUUAGGCCGAAAAACCAAAUGGGGAAUCAUAGAAGUUGAAAACGUUGCGCAUUGCGAGUUUGCUCACCUGAGAGACCUGCUUAUUCGGUCCCACCUGCAAGAUCUGAAGGACGUCACCCACAACAUCCACUACGAGACGUACCGAGUGCGGAGACUGAACGAGAGCAAUGCUAAUGGACUGGGCCUUUCUGCUCUGAGCCUGGAGAACGGUACCGGCGAGAAGAGCGAGGCUGAGAGUCAGCUCUGAGUGCAGCUGAAUGAAAUCAGCCAGAUAAACCUGUGUGGAGGCUCCGCCCACACUCCAGCUGAACGUGAUCCAGGCCUUCUGCAGUGGCCUCAGAGCUCCUAACGGGAGAGGACUAUUCCAGAAAGUGAGAAGCUUGUAGAGCGGAGCGAUUGUGGAGCGAUUCGAUUGACUAAAAAGACAUUCCUGCUACAGUAAAGGCAUUUAAACGUCGUAUAUGAUGAGUCUAUUUUUAAACGGAGUUUUAUAUUGUGGGUGGGGUUCGUGUGGGAGAGAGAAAAUAAGAAAAUAAGAGAAUAACAAUGAGAAAAGAAAAGAAAAGAAAAGAAGAGAAAUUGACGACGAUGAUAUUGAUAUUGAUGAUGAUGAUGAUGAUGAUGAUGAUGAUGAUAAUGUGAGAAGAAGGAUGUAGAGAUGAAAGAUGUGAAAGGAGAAAUGGAAGACAGCAUUUGGAUCAGGGUGCGCCUUGCAUCUCUCGCUCUCGCGCUUUUGUUGUUUGUUCUACUUUUAACGCUUUUCUAGGCCUUUUAUAAAAGAGAACAACUCAAAAAAAAAAAAUGUAGACACCUAUUUUUGUUACCGUGCUCUCGCGUCCGGGUCACAGUGUGUGUUUCUAACGCUAGCUAUUUUCUUUCUUUUGUUUUUUUUUUUAUUUCAAUUUUAAGUUUUGUUUUUUUGUUUUUUUACUUUUGAGGAGGAGAAAGAACGGCUGUGAUGAAAUUAUUUUAAUUAAGUUUUUAAUGUAAGAGCAAUAUUACCAAAAAAAGAUCUUUCAAAUCUUGACAUAACCCUCGAGUGUCGAGUGCGUUCAGGUCUUUGUAGUGAUGAUGAAAGCAAAGGGAGCGAAAAAAAAAGAAAAAAUGAUUUUUGAUUCAUAUAUUAAAAAAAAGUAAAAAAGUGAGCUGAAGGAGCCGAAUAUAUCCUCAUAUACAGCACAGUCUGUGCAAAUGUUUUGGCACCACAGAAUUUAGUCAGAUUUUAUAUUGUUGAUAUUGUUGCGGGGCUGGGCAAUAAUUCAAUAUCAAUUAGGGAUGUACGAUAUUGGAAAAAAAUUAUAUUGCGAUUUUUUCUUGAUCUGCAAUAUAUUGCAAUAAAUUAAAGGUGGAUGGCGACACACUUAAAAUGUAUUGGAGGAGGCAUUGUUGAUAUUGUUGUGGACUGGGCAAUAAUUCAAUAUCAAUUAGGGAUGUACGAGAUUUAAAAAAAAAAUUAUAUUGCGAUUUUUUUUCUUGAUCUGCAAUAUAUUGCAAUAAAUAAUUAAAGGUGGAUGGCGACACACUUAAUAUGUAUCAGAGGAGGCAUUGUUGAUGUUGUGGGGUUGGGCAAUAAUUCAAUAUCAAUUAAGGAUGUACGAUAUUGGAAAAAAAUUAUAUUGCGAUUUUUUUUCUUGAUCUGCAAUAUAUUGCAAUAAAUAAAAGGUGUCCAGACCCUUCCAUUGCCAUGAUAUUGCAUGUGUUAAGGGGUUAAAAUGGGGGGAAAACUGGUUACCACAAAGAAGAUAAUGAAGAAAAACAGAUGUUCAGUCCCAAAUUGCACAUUAUUCCCUAAGUAGUGUACUACACAAGUCAGGAAACUACAGAUUGUAAAUCUAAAUGGAGCAUUAUAUAUUUGUAUUAGAACAGUAUUUACAUGUAUUCAUAUGUUGAAAUCUGAACUCUACUGCUAUAUGUAUCUGUGUAGACUUUGUAGUUUUAUGACUUAAAUAUUUCACUAUAUAGGGAUUAAGGGAAUGAGAUGAGGUAUUAUGACAUCAGCGUUUUCAUAAAGCUCCAGUUUUCUCAAAUCUAAACUGAGGUGCCCAAACUUUUGCAUAAGACUGUCUGUUCUCUAUUCACUGUCUAAAUAACUACUUUUCUGAAAGGUACACCUUGUUUUUUUUUUUUCUUUUUUUUCUUUUGUUUUUUUUGUAUUUCCAUUUCCUGUCCGUUGUUGAAAUAAUUGUGAAUAAUUAAGAUUGUGCUCUGAGUAUGGAAGCUACUGUACAGACCCCAUUCAUCAUGUUCUGUUUUCUCUGCCUCUGUUUUUUUUUUUAAUACAACAUGUACUAACAGCUCCAUCAUGUCCAUGUUAUAAACAUUAAUAUUCAUGUAAACACCAUUGAUUUAUGAUUAAAUGAUUGUCACUGUU